GUUGCUGCUGCUGCUGCAAAAAAAAUAAUAAUAUUAAAAGGGAUUGAAUUUAGAUCUCAUCCCCGAAGUCGCCCAGAUUUUGUUCACAGUUGUGGGCACCGAUCAGUGAAGAUGGAAAGGUCGUCCACAAGGUGGAAAACGAAAAGGUGGCUCCUGGACUCCACUCUAUCCAUAAUAACUUUUACUUUCUUUCUUCUUAACGCUUCAAGUGUCAGAGGAGCUGAACCGGUUGAUGUGCUCAAAGUAUUAGACUUUCAAAAUUCACCAGAAGGAGUUUCCAGAGCAAAAACCGGGUUCUGCAAGAACCGAAGAAACUCGCAAGAUUCAGAUAUUGCCUACAAAAUCACAAAGAGAGCACAACUUAGUGCCCCAACAAAGCAAUUAUAUCCAGCUGGACAGUUCCCUGAAGACUUCUCUAUCUUAGCUACUUUGAAACCUAAGAAAAAUAUCCAGGCUUUCCUGCUGUCCUUGUACAAUGAGCAGGGUAUCCAGCAAUUGGGUAUUGAGGUGGGAAGAUCUCCUAUAUUUCUGUACGAGGAUCAAAAUGGCAAACCAACCCCGGAGGAUUAUCCAAUAUUCAGCCCAAUCAACCUCGCUGAUGGCAAGUGGCAUCGGGUAGCUAUCAGUGUGCAGAAGAAGACUGUGACCAUGAUUGUGGACUGCAACAAGAAAAUCUCAAAACCACUGCCAAGAAGUAACAAAGCUGUCCUUGACACAAAUGGUAUUGCAGUCUUUGGUACCAGGAUUCUGGAUGAAGAAGUAUAUGAGGGUGAUAUCCAGCAGCUGUUGAUUGUAUCUGACCCCAGGGCAGCCUAUGACUACUGUGAACACUACAGUCCAGACUGUGACGUUCCCCUCCCCAAUGUUCCACAGGCUCAGGACCCUCAAGUUGAUAAGUUCUACUCUACAGAAGAAAUACUGGACUAUGACUAUAAUUAUAGUGACGGAGACCUUGUAGAGUAUGACUAUAGCCCAACAGAGGAAAGCACAACCAUCGAAGAGGCAGGAAUCCAAACAGAGGCAGUAAAUAACGUCCUACCCGAAGUGACUACAGAAGAUUAUGUUCCGGGUGAAAACUAUUAUGAAAUCAUUGAGGAAACACCAAGACCCUCAGUCUCAGCAGGAGUUAAUGAGAAUGUUGAAGAAGAAUAUAAAGAAGAAUCCCUGACUGGAGAGGAUUAUGAUAUUGACAAAAAAGAAAUUGAGGAAAAGAAACAGGAUGCCAAAGAAUAUGGUGUCGAUGAAUAUGAAUUCAAAGAAUAUGAUGUCAGCGAACAUGACCUCAGAGAAUAUGAUCCAAAUGAAUAUAACGUGAAUUAUGGAGAUGAAUAUUAUUAUGAAAUUAAAGAAUAUGAGGAUAGUGAAUCGACAAGCAAUUCUACUGCUCGGGAGUUUGGCCCUGGGGUACCUGCAGAGACUGAGUUUGGUUCCACAGCAGUACAUGGGAGUAGAUACAGCGGUGAGAAAGGACAGAAGGGCGAGCCUGCUGUUGUUGAACCUGGUAUGCUGAUUGAAGGUCCUCCAGGUUCAGCAGGUCCAGAAGGUCUACCGGGUCCCUCAGGUCUCCAAGGCCCCCCUGGUCCUCAUGGUGACCCAGGUGAAAGAGGUCCCCCUGGGCGUUCUGGUCUCCCUGGUGCUGAUGGCUUACCUGGUCCUCCAGGCACGAUGCUAAUGUUACCGUUCAGAUAUGGAUCAGAUGGUCAAAAAGGUCCAGUUGUCUCUGCCCAGGAAGCGCAGGCUCAAGCUAUUCUCCAGCAGGCCAGGAUUGCAAUGAGAGGACCCUCUGGCCCAAUGGGUUUAACUGGAAGAUCAGGUCCUGUGGGAAUACCUGGCAGCCCAGGUUUUAAGGGUGAAUCAGGUGAUCAUGGUCCACAGGGUCCUCGUGGUGUCCAAGGUCCUCCUGGUUUGAGUGGAAAACCAGGGAAACGGGGUCGUGCAGGUGCAGACGGUUCCAGAGGGAUGCCUGGGGAACCUGGCUCCAAGGGUGACCGAGGUUUCGAUGGACUUCCUGGUUUGCCUGGCAAUAAGGGACACAGGGGGGAAACAGGCCCACUAGGUCCACCAGGGCCAACGGGUGAAGAUGGCGAAAGGGGAGACGACGGAGAGAUUGGACCAAGAGGUUUGCCGGGCGAAUCUGGUCCAAGAGGGUUGCUUGGACCAAGAGGAUCUCCAGGGCCACCUGGACAGCCUGGCACGAAUGGUUUGGAUGGGCCGCCAGGUCCAAAAGGAAACAUGGGCCCUCAAGGAGAGCCAGGCCCUGCUGGUCAGCAGGGAAUUCCAGGCACGCAAGGUCUCCCCGGUCCUCAAGGCACGAUUGGCCCUCCUGGUGUAAAGGGACCACAAGGCAAAGCCGGUCUCCAUGGUCUCUCAGGUGCCGAUGGGCCUCCAGGUCAUCCUGGCAAAGAAGGGCCACCUGGUGAGAAAGGUUCACAGGGAUCUUCUGGGCCUCAAGGUCCAAUUGGCUAUCCAGGUCCUCGUGGUGUGAAGGGUGCAGAUGGAGUCCGUGGUCUGAAGGGAUCCAAAGGUGAAAAGGGUGAAGAUGGUUUCCCUGGUUUCAAGGGUGACAUGGGUCUCAAAGGCGACAGGGGUGAAACUGGACUUGUGGGUCCCCGAGGCGAGGAUGGGCCUGAAGGUCCGAAAGGCCGGUCAGGACCACCAGGUGACGCUGGUUCAGCAGGUCCCGCAGGUGAAAAGGGUAAACUCGGUGUUCCAGGCUUGCCAGGAUAUCCAGGAAGACAAGGCCCAAAGGGUUCUACAGGCUUCCCAGGAUUUCCUGGAGCUAAUGGAGAGAAAGGUGCAAGGGGUGUUCCAGGCAAGCCUGGCCCAAGGGGACAGCGAGGCCCAACGGGACCUCGUGGGGCUCGAGGACCAAGGGGACCCACCGGGAAACCAGGACCAAAGGGUACUUCAGGCAAUGAUGGACCUCCUGGGCCUCCUGGUGAAAGGGGACCUCAAGGCCCUCAGGGCCCCGCUGGAUUUCCAGGACCAAAAGGCCCUCCUGGCCCAGCUGGUAAGGAUGGAUUGCCUGGUCAUCCUGGACAGCGUGGUGAGACAGGUUUCCAAGGAAAGACUGGUCCUCCAGGUCCAGGGGGUGUGGUAGGUCCCCAGGGUCCCACUGGCGAGACUGGCCCACUAGGUGAGAGAGGUCACCCUGGGCCACCCGGCCCUCCAGGUGAGCAAGGUCUGCCUGGAGCUGCAGGAAAAGAAGGCGCAAAGGGCGAUCCUGGUCCAUCUGGUGUUUCAGGAAAAGAUGGUCCACCUGGUUUACGUGGCUUCCCUGGACAAAGAGGUCUUCCUGGUGCCACGGGAGCUGGUGGUCUGAAAGGAGGAGAAGGACCAGUUGGCCCACCUGGCCCAUUGGGAUCCCCUGGUGAGCGUGGCGCAGCUGGACCGGGCGGCCCGAUCGGUUUACCAGGUCGUCCAGGCCCACAAGGUCCCCUUGGUCCUGCUGGCGAGAAGGGUGCCCCUGGUGAGAAAGGUCCACAAGGCCCAGCUGGUCGAGAUGGAGUGCAGGGACCAGUAGGUUUACCAGGUCCUGCAGGUCCCCAAGGCCCACCCGGAGAAGACGGUGACAAGGGUGAGAUUGGUGAACCAGGUCAAAAGGGUGGCAAAGGCAGUAAGGGUGAACAAGGUCCUCCAGGACCACAUGGCCUGCAAGGUCCCAUUGGUCAGCCUGGUCCUGCUGGAGGUGAUGGAGAGCCAGGCCCAAGAGGUCAGCAGGGAAUGUUCGGGCAGAAAGGUGAUGAAGGUCCUCGUGGCUUCCCAGGUCCUCCUGGUCCAAUUGGUCUUCAGGGUCUGCCUGGACCACCUGGUGAAAAGGGAGAAACUGGUGAUGUCGGACCAAUGGGUCCGCCUGGUCCACCAGGUCCAAGAGGUCCUCAGGGUCCCAGUGGAUCUGAUGGAGCACAAGGUCCAUCUGGUGCAAUCGGCUCUCCUGGUGGUGUUGGUGAAAAGGGUGAGACAGGUGAAGCUGGUGACCCUGGCCCUCCAGGAGAACAAGGUUCUCGUGGCCCUAAAGGUGAUCGAGGAGACAAGGGUGAGGCUGGUCCACCUGGUGCUGCUGGCCCUGCAGGUGCUAAGGGUCCCCCAGGCGAUGAUGGUCCCAAAGGCAACCCCGGUCCAGUUGGUUUCCCUGGUGACCCUGGUCCUCCCGGUGAACCUGGUGCUGCUGGUGUGGAUGGAACCAGUGGCGAGAAAGGAGAAGAUGGAGAGUCUGGUCAGCCCGGUCCUCCUGGGCCAUCUGGAGAAGCUGGACCUCCUGGGCCUCCUGGCAAGAGGGGUCCUCUUGGAGCUGCUGGUGCAGAGGGCAGACAAGGAGAGAAAGGUGCUAAGGGUGAAUCUGGAUCUGAAGGUCCCGCAGGAAAGACUGGCCCAGUUGGGCCUCAGGGUCCUCCGGGUAAAGCAGGACCUGAGGGUCUACGAGGCAUUCCCGGCCCUGGCGGUGAACAAGGUCUUCCAGGACCACCUGGCCAAGAUGGUCCACCGGGUCCACUUGGUCCACCAGGGUUGCCUGGCCUGAAGGGAGAUCCAGGGACGAAGGGUGAAAAGGGACAUCCUGGUCUGAUCGGUUUGAUCGGCCCACCAGGAGAGCAGGGUGAGAAGGGUGACCGAGGUCUUCCUGGUCCUCAGGGCACACCAGGAACCAAGGGAGACCCAGGUAUUGCUGGUUCUUCAGGUCCUCUCGGUCCUCCUGGUCCCCCUGGUUUGCCUGGUCCUCUAGGUCCAAAGGGAUCCAAAGGUUCAACGGGUCUUGUUGGACAGAAAGGCGACACUGGGUUAUCUGGCCCACCCGGUCAACCUGGCCCACCAGGUGAGAUUAUCCAACCCUUACCCAUCCGAUCACCAAAGAAGUCGAGGAGGUCAUCUGACGCGCAGGCUGAUGAAGCUGGCAAUGAUCUGGAAUACGGUGAUGGCAUGGAGGAGAUCUUUGGCUCACUGAACAAUCUGAAAAUGGAAGUUGAACGGAUGAAACAUCCAAUGGGCACAGAAAACAACCCAGCUCGUACCUGCAAGGACCUGCAGCUCUGCCACCCAGACUUCCCAGAUGGUGAAUACUGGAUUGAUCCUAACCAGGGAUGCCCUGGAGAUUCGUUCAAGGUGUAUUGUAACUUUACAACUGGUGGUGAGACUUGUAUCUAUCCCGAUAAGAAGUCAGCAGGAGCUCGAAUUUCUCCUUGGCCAAAGGAAUCACCAGGAUCCUGGUUCAGUGAAUUCAAGCGGGGUAAACUGCUCUCGUAUGUGGAUUCUACAGGCCAACCAAUUAACUUAGUGCAAAUGACAUUCCUGAAACUACUGAGUGCAUCCGCCAGACAGAAUUUCACUUACAACUGUCAGAUAUCAGUAGCUUGGCAUGAUGUGUCAUCUGACAGCUAUGACAAAGCAUUGAGGUUCCUGGGAUCAAAUGAUGAAGAGAUGUCACACGACAAUAAUCCUUACAUCAAAGCCAUCUACGAUGGUUGUGCACUGAGAAAAGGCUAUGAAAAGACUGUAAUUGAGAUCAACACCCCAAAAAUUGACCAAGUGCCAAUCAUAGACUUUCUGGUGAAUGACUUUGGUGAUUCGAACCAGAAGUUUGGAUUUGAAGUUGGUCCUGUAUGUUUCCUUGGCUAAACUCAGGACAUGGGGCAGAUCAACAAGCAAGCUGCAACUUGGUGCCACCAACCCACUCCAUGCCACAUGCAAGUUUUGAAUAUGGAUGGUGUAGAAAAUAUCUCUCGCCGUGUAUGUAUGUAUUAUUAUCUAGAACAUACGUGUUGCCCUUGUAGGGCCAGAAUCACAUGACGUAAACCUAUUAUGGUAAACGUCGAAGGACAUAUGAUGCCAUGGCGGAGAAUAGCACACAGACAACAACAUAGGCGUUGCUGUGAAGUGUCGCCUUCCCCUUCAAGAUGCCUCCGGUGCUGAACAACUGACUGUCACGAUGCUCUUUCACAUGCAUUACAGAGGUGCUAAGAAGGUGUAUUUUAAUUAACUGUAAUUAUAAUUGUAAAAUACUGUAAUUUCUGUAUCCACUUUCAAAACUUGCAUGUGUCUCUCUACUUCACAACACUUGGCUAUCUUUAGUGCCAUUUUCAAAAUAACCUUUUUUUUUAAAAUUGAAAAACUGUGUAACGAUAAAAAAUAAAAUGUUAGCCUCCAGUAAAUGAAAUUCAUUCUUUUUCCCUGAUUGCAAUAAAUUCCAUUGUGUAUAUCGGCCAUGAAGAGCUCUGUCUUUACUUACAGUCGCCUUCAAGACCAGAAAUGAUAAAACUAGAAGAUCUUUAACAACACAUCAGUCAAAUCAACAUUACUGUGCUGAUGUUGCUAUGUAUUUGCUAUGGUACAUUUUCGAAUGAUAAAGGAAUCAAUCCCUUAUGGAACAAGUGCAAAAAAUCUAUUUGUUGGUGCUAUAUUUAUAAGUUUCUAGCAGAACUGCUAGACCCGUGAAUGCUUAAGGUUACCCUGUAUCUAUCUAUGACGUUCGUAUUCUGUGCAAUGGGGGUAAAGGCAUUUCUCAAAUCUAGAUCUCGCCAGUUACAGACAGACCUCUUUGCUUGCGCUUUCCCAUUUCAUGAAAAACAAAUGCACUUCAAGUUUUUGACCGAGAAAUUUAUUACAAUCUAAAUCAGCUGUAUUUUUUUCUAUGCCCAAACUUAGCUUUACGAUUUGACUUGAAUUGAGGUAACAUUUAGAUACCUUUAUGUCAGUGCAUUGAUAUUAUGGCUUCUUUCAGCAGACAGCAAUUUAGUGCCGGUAGAAUUCUCCCUUCCUAACAAGCAUACAUUUCUUAACCCACUAGACUAAAGACCAUGCACUCCAUAAUAUGUUUAGGUCAUGUGAUUCUAACUAGUUGCUAAGCAACAUAUUACGCGACUGCUACCUACGGAGCUUAAUUUCUUGGACCCAAAGCUUUUCAAAUCUUAUUAAAAUAUUGUUUAAAUUAAAGUCAGUUUGGUCUUCUUCCAGCUGAGUACUCUGCAUUAGUUGUCUGGGAAUAGGGAACAAUUUUUGAAAACUUUCAGAAAGAUAGAUCUCUCUUUUGUAAUUAUUUUUCAUAAUAUAUGUAAGACUUGAAAAUACAUGUUUGGUAACUUGCUCAGUGAGUUUUUAAAUUAAUUGGUAUCAGACCCUACAGGCCCGUUUCUAAUGAAGACUUGUGUUUCUCCAUGUGACGUAAAAACUUGUAAAUUGAGAUUCAAAUGAACGUAUUAUGGUUAUGCAUUUCUCUAUUUUCAGAUCAAAGUUUGUAAUUGUCGACCUCAAAAAACAAUAUUAAAAAAUAUCAAUAAAAGUCAAGUCUUGUCUACCUGGGUUGGUUCUGCUGUUUCUUUUGUGCAGAGAGAGGGUGCUGGGCCAGGAAUUCUGUAUUGCUUCGGAUGUCUUCAAGGUUUCUCAGCUCCUGCUCAACCAAAGAGUUUAAUCAGUAAAGAUCAAUUAAACGGAUGGAAGUGGUGUGCAGUUUUGUAGAUUUGUAAUGUGAUAGGAAAUUAGGAACGGUACAGGCACUCAAUGAGUCUUAGCAAAUCACGAUAUCGACUUCAAUUUUGCUUUGUAUAAAUUGAUUGUAGAGUUAUCUGAGAUACAAAAACUGCAAGAUUUAACAGUUUAAAAAAAAUGUAAUGACUUCACCUGUAUUAAAUGGCUCUCUGUAUUAAAGUUUAUAUAAAAAUAAAAUUAUUUACA